AGUGCCGCGUCUGAAGGCCAUCAGCAGCACACAUUUUCCUCUCUUUUGACCUGAUAAGAGUCUUUCUGUAUCAAGUUUCAAUCGAGUUUCUCUCCCGGGAUCUGCAUAAAACCAAAGUGUGAUGAACCUCAGCAGAUUGUGUGUCUGCACCUGAAUCUGAUACCAUUGGAUCAAGCAUGCUAAGACACAAUGGAUCCCAUAGUUGAUUCGAGUACCUUUGCUCUUCCUCAACCAACACGCCAGCCUCGCCCCUGGCACCCGACCUCGCCCCUUUUACCACCUCCUGGAAGCUUCAGUAGACUUCUCACACUAUACACAGGAGACAAGUGAACACAUCCUGUGUAAAUAUGACCGGAUGGAGAUCUCACUGGCGUCUGGUCCUUCUCAACUCUUUAACAUGUGGACUGGAGAUCUGCGUGGCGGCUGGGAUCACCUACGUGCCCCCUUUACUGCUGGAGGCCGGUGUGGAAGAACAGUACAUGACUAUGGUCUUAGGUAUUGGACCUGUCCUGGGUCUUCUCUUCAUCCCUCUGAUUGGCUCAGCCAGCGAUCAUUGCAACAGCAGUUAUGGCCGCAGACGGCCCUUCAUCUGGCUGCUGUCAUUGGGAGUUCUCCUCGCUCUGCUUAUUAUCCCGCACGCUGAUGUGUUGGCCGCCCACCUCAGUUGGGGCAGUACCCGCCGUAACCAGGCUCUCCAGGUGGGCCUGCUCAUCCUCGGUGUUGGUCUAUUGGACUUCUGCGGGCAGGUGUGCUUUACUCCCCUUGAGGCGCUGCUUUCAGACCUGUACCGUGAACGGGACGACUGUGGACAGGCUUUCGCCAUGUUCUCCUUUAUGGUUAGUCUGGGUGGCUGCGUGGGAUAUCUGUUACCCGCGCUAGAUUGGAGCGGAGGCCUUCUCUCCUUUUACCUGGGUGGACAAGCGGAGUGUUUGUUCUCCGUCCUCAUCCUCAUUUUUGUGGUCAGCGUACUGGUCACCAUGAAGAUUUCCGAGGAACAUUGCGGGACGUCCACUCUGGAACCAGGCCCGUUGGAGUUGGGACGAUGUUUUCCGCGUUCGUGCUGCUACCUGUUUCAGUGUAAGCUGCGGUCGUUUAAGUCCGGACCGCUGAUGUGCCUUUUGAGAACUUGCUGGUCCAUGACGCCGGCCAUUUACAGCAGCUACUGCCAUGUGCCGCGUGUCAUGCGACAGCUGUGCUUGGCUCAGCUCUGCAGCUGGAUGGGCGUCAUGUCCUUCAUGCUUUUCUACACAGAUUUCAUUGGUGAGGGACUCUACGAGGGGGUUCCCAGUGCCGCUCCUGGCACCGAUCUCAGGCAGCGCUAUGAUGAAGGCAUACGAAUGGGCAGCCUCGGAUUGUUUCUGCAGUGCGCUACCUCAACUUUCUUCUCGCUGGUCAUGAGCAAGCUGGUACAUCUCUUCGGGUCCAGGACCGUCUACCUGAGCAGCAUGGUGUGCUUCACCGUAUCCGCUUUGGUCAUCUGCCUGUCCAAAAGCGUGCUGUUGGUCACGGCUAUGUCCGCCCUCACUGGCUUUGCAUACGCAACACUGCAGACGCUGCCUUACACACUUACAUGCCACUACCACAAAGACAAAGAGGUGUACAUGCAAAGCACCCAAACCAAAAAACUGCCCAAAACCGGAUUUGCGAUCACAAGGGAUUCUGUGUGUUUGACUUUAGACACUGACUCUGGAGAUCUCACCCACAAGAGCGGCAUUUCUAACGGGCAUGCUCAUUACAGUAGCGACGGACAAACAUAUUAUCAACCUCUGCAGAACGGUGCAUCAGUCACUUUGGAGUCGGAGGAUUUUGAAAAGCGUGGGGUGGGACUUGACUUCGCCAUUUUGGAUAGCACCUUUCUUCUCUCUCAGGUCUUCCCUACCUUCUUCAUGGGCAUGAUCGUCCAAUUCACAGAGUCCGUCACUGCGUAUAUCGCGUCAUCUGCCAUUUUCGGUGCCAUUGGCAUUUAUUUUGCCACCCAUAUCAUCUUUGACCAAAAGGAUCUCUGAAGAUGAAAGUUGCAGUGAUGAUGUAAGUCAUGGUUUUUCAAGUCUCAGGUUUACUGACCGCUUGUUACCUUUUCUUUCUCAUUGGUUGUGUUUAUUUGGGAGUGUUCAAUAGCAGACACUUUGAGAAUGGGACCAAUGGACACAUUAAACUUUACUUCUCAAUGUAAAUGUUGUAAAGAACUAUUUUAUUGUGUAUAUAUAUUUUUAUAUUAAUAAUAUAUACAUAUAUUUAUAUCCCUAUGGGAAUUUUUAUGCAACCCAUUUUGGUGAUUAUCUUUAUUUAUGUAGUAAUUCUAACCUCAUUUGACUUGUCAACAAAUGUGUCUUAAGUUUUUUUUUUUUUUGCUUGGUCAGUAUAAAGAGAAAUAUUACAAUAUAUACACCUAUAAAACAAGACAAUCUGGGAUAUUUUUACAAGAGACUUUACACACAUGCUACCUUUAACAUACAGUAUAUUCUGUAAACAUCAGGUUAACAAAAUUACAUUUUUGUGUUGACUGACUUACGGCGGCCAAAUGAAAUUGUACAAAACUACCAGUUUCAUGUCCUGUAGUAAUGUAUCUUUAAGUACACUUACCAUUGGUCAGACAGUGUGUAUACAUGUAGGUUUAUUUGCUGAAGUGUAAGAUUCUCAGGAUGGACUUUAAAAAAUUCUCUAUAAGCACAGCACAAUGUACAAAUAAAAAAACUGAUAUUUUCAUUGCUAAGAAUAUA